GGGGAGGUGUGACGUAAAAAGAGACCCGAACGCAGGUGCUUAUCUCGAGGCUGUCAAAGGCACAGUAUGUCAUAUUCCUGGGGACUACCUUUCAAAGCCGCAGCACCAGCUCAGCUAUCAAGAGACUGGGAGAAAAUCAAACUUUUUGGAUCACAGCAAUAGAUAAUGAAUUACAUGAUCGCUUCCUGAGAGAAAACGAGCGUAAAAACAGCAGCCAGGGUGAACAGUGUGGAUCUGGCAUCUUAUCCUUCACUGCGCUCGGGAAACCACAAUCAAAGAUGGAUUCCGAAGGUGAGGAGCAAACCUUUGAAACAUGCAACAGUAGCACAGGCUUGGUUGACUGCGUCACUGAGAGCCACAGCCCAUACGGGUCGGCAGCGAGGAAGAGGAGCGCCCAAGAUGGGGUGCAGGGCGCUCCUGUCAAUAAGCGAAAGUCCCUGCUGAUGAAGCCCCGCCACUACAGCCCUAGCGACGCUUGUGAAGAGGAGAGCGAGGACCUGGCACCGCCACAGGACAAAGAAGAGCUGAGGAACAUUGACACUCCAGCAGAUGAAAAUCUGAAAGGAGUGAAUGGACUGGCUAACAACAACAGUGACCUGGAUGCUGCCUCGAAGUCCUGCAGUCUGCUUGGAUGGCCUGAAGGUUCGCCUAACAGUUCACCCCAGUGCCAGCCGGACACAUCUCAGCAUCUAAUGGUGGAGGAGGAUGAGGAGUUCCCUAAUAAUGAAGAAGAGGACCAAAGUCAAGACAGGAUAAGCAACAGCUCGUCGCCACAAAGUCCAUACAGAGACUUGAGGGAAGCUGAGUGGGAGCCCCUGUCUCUGUCUGCCAAAGACAACAGCUCAAAUUGCAGCCCUUCCAGAGCCUCAGAAGAUCUUUCAUGCAGAAACAGCCACAUUAAGGAGGGGUCUGAACCGGGCUGCCCUAUAGGCAGACAGAGUAUUUUCCAAGCCGAAGCUGUAAGGUACAGGCUGCUCCCCACUGAGGAGGACAGCGAGGGGGAGACAGAGGUAGACAGGCUGCCUAGGCUGGACGGAUGGGCUCUGGGCCUCCAUGAGAGAGGCCUCGACAUGAGCAGAGGGAGAGUGAACCUGAGCCUGUUGGAGCAGGCCAUUGCCCUGCAGACGGAGCAAAGGCAGGCCCUGCACCACGCCUACAGAGAAAUGGACCGAUUCCUGCUGGAGCAGAUGACUAGCGAGAGAAGGCAUCACAGGAUGAUGGACAUAGAGAGCAGGCUCAACUAUCACGGAGGGAAAGACUCUCCCAGGACAGAUAAAAAGGAUAUAAAGUGUCCAACCCCCGGCUGUGAUGGCACCGGUCAUGUGACGGGCCUGUACCCACAUCACAGGAGUCUGUCUGGAUGUCCUCACAAAGUCCGAGUUCCCCCAGAGAUCCUGGCAAUGCAUGAAAACGUCCUCAAGUGCCCUACACCUGGGUGCACAGGAAGGGGCCAUGUCAACAGCAACCGUAGCACCCACCGGAGUCUCUCCGGCUGCCCCAUUGCCGCCGCAGUGAAAAUCUCCAAACCUCAGGAUGAGAACCCGAAGUGCAGACAAACGCCUGACCGCUCACCGAGGGCCAUCAGCUUAAUAAAGAAGUUUGAAAUGAACCAGCUGAACUACAGGCUAUCUCAUCCAGUAGCAGCCUUGCAAACCAGCCUCACAAAAGAAAUGGACAAGUACAGCAGAAUCCGCUUUGAUUAUGCCAGCUUUGAUGCACAGGUCUUCGGCAAACAGCCGCUGCUGGGGGCCAACCAAGACCAGGAAAUGUCCCACUACCCCGACUCACCUCAGCAGUAUUCUGGCAUCUUUGGAGCUUCCGGUGGCCACGUGCCCAUCUCUGGUCAACACAGUCCGCCUAGUCAGUUCAAAAAAGAGGACAGCCUUCAGGCCACGGCAGCGACAACUGCAAUCCUUAACCUCUCCACCCGCUACCGGAAGAGCAUAGAGACCAUCAGCAGCCAGGCUUUAGCAACCUCCACCAAGGAUAUGUUCAUUGAGGUAGAUGAAAAUGGAACAUUGGACCUGAGCAUGAAAAAGUGUAAAGAGGGUGAAAAAGCCCAAAAGACACCUUUGGACGAACAGCUGCCUCCUCCAGAGUCCGCCAUGGCGAAAGGCGGGAGUUUGCUUAUCGGCCCCACCUUCUACCAGCCGCUGUGCGACAGAGAAACAUGGGAGAACUCCAUUCCUGUCAACUUCAGCAAAUCACAUGUUUUACAGGAAAAAGAGCUGGAGGAUUAUGAUCAGGUGUCCUUGGAAGACCAGCACUAUCCAGGGGACGGCAGUAUGUUAAGUCCCAAAGCCAAGCUGUUGCUUCGGGAUUCAAAGAAGGAGCUUUUGAGCUGUCCGACCCCAGGCUGUGACGGCAGCGGCCAUGUGACGGGGAAUUAUGCAUCGCAUCGGAGUGUGUCUGGGUGUCCCCUGGCUGACAAAACUCUCAAAUCGCUGAUGGCAGCCAACUCUCAGGAACUAAAGUGCCCAACACCUGGCUGUGAUGGAUCUGGACAUGUGACUGGGAACUAUGCUUCGCACAGAAGCUUGUCAGGGUGUCCACGUGCCAGAAAGGGAGGUUUGAAGCUCACACCAAACAAGGAUGACAAAGACGAGCAGGAGCUUAAGUGUCCUGUGAUUGGAUGUGACGGGCAGGGCCAUAUAUCGGGGAAAUACACAUCCCACCGCAGCGCAGGCAGUUGUCCGCUAGCUGCUAAAAGACAGAAGGAGUCGUCCAUCAACGGCCUGCCCUUUGCCUGGAAGGCCAACAAGCAAGAAUUGCCCCAUUGUCCCCUGCCUGGCUGCAAUGGCCUCGGACAUGCCAAUAAUGUAUUUGCCACUCACCGAAGCUUAUCAGGAUGCCCGCUGAAUGCACAGAGCAUCAAGAAAAAGCAUUCAGAGGAGGAGAUGAUGACUAUCAAACUGAAAACCAGCAGUGGUGUUGAAAACAAAGAAGAAAUUCACCAUCUGGACCACGAAAUCAAAGAACUGAACAGUUCCAAUAUGAAAAUAGAGGAAGACAUGAUGCAACUCCAAACACAGAUCUCAUCGAUGGAAUGUAACCUAAAGACAAUUGAAGAGGAAAACAAGAUGAUGGAACAGCACAAUAACAGCCUUCUGAAGGAGCUGGCUCGCCUCAGCCAAGCUCUCAUUAACAGCCUGACAGACAUUCAGCUUCCUCAAAUGGGACCCAUCAGCGAGCAUAAUUUUGAAGCCUAUGUGAACACAUUAACUGAUAUGUACAACAACUCGGAGCAUGAAUACUCCCCGGAGUGCAAGGCCCUCUUGGAUAAUAUCAAACAGGCUAUUAAAGGCAUCCAUGUUUAAGCUGCAGAGCUACCAAGAGGUUCCUUUGACUUAGGAUAAUGGCACUAGAUAGCUCUAUUUCACUGAAGAGGGCUGGCUCGGCUGCAUGUAUAAGACAAGGCUUUUGGAAAUGUGUUCGGCAUUUCUCCGGUAAACACGCUGCACUGAGAAAAUUACCAGCCAGAUUUGUAAUGCUUUUACUGUUUCUGCAUUUAUCCUGCUGAGGUUUUUUUGUUUGUUUGUUUGUUUUUUUACUAUUAUUAUUUUAUUUUUACCUUUUCUUGCACUUAAUUAUUUGGAUGGUUUGCUUGAUUUAAAUCUGUAUAUGUUCCUGUCAUUCUUCAAUAAUUGGUAUUUAUUAUUAUAUUUGUUAGUGUAUUUAUUUCCUCCGAUUUUAUUUAUUUCUUGAACUGUAAAUGCUUAAUAUUUGAGAAAUCUGUUGGUUUUUCUGCACAUUGUAAAUUACACAAAAGCACAUUCCAGUUUUUAAUGGCAUAUUUUCGCCAUCUAGUGUUGAAAAAGCUAGUCUAUUAUUGCUCUUCUUUUAGUUUAUGAGUUUAAUCCAUUCAAAGAAAAAAAAAAAGACUACCAAAACUAAGUAUCAAUGGUUUUAGGCAUUGCUUUCACUUUUGUUAAUGGGAACUGAAUGUAUUAGACAAAGUGAGAUAAAAAAAAAAAAAUGAUGAUAAAAUAAAUUGCAAGAGUACUGUAUCUUUUUAUACUCGAGAUGAUGGAGUGAGAAUGAAACAUCUUUUUGGGAAGUGAAUGUGAGUUUGUGCCCUAAAAAGAGUGCACCUAAAAA